AACAAUAUAAUACCUUACAGAAAUAGACUGUUAAAAUGUGAAAUUUUUUAAAUAUUCCUUAUAUUUACAGAUUAUUGGCAACCCUGCCUAGAGGCCUUAAUAUAUACGUUAUUAGUAACUAUAAGUAUAACUUAAGGUUAAGCCAAAAGUAAGUUGGAUCAAACUAAAAUAAGUAAGUAUUUACAGUAAAAAAAUGGUAAAGGUAGUAAAUUGUAUAUGUAGUCUGGUAUGUUAAUGUCUAAUUUAAUGUUUGUAUGAUACAUUAUUGACAAGCAUCUAUUGCAACAAACUACAGCGAGAUAAGGAUACAAUAAUAAAUAUUGACAGAACUAGAGGUUAACUCUUAAAAAUAUGCCUGCCUUUUUAGUUCUAUAAUGUCACUAAUACUACUCUGAAGAUUGUUAAAACAUUGGGAUAAACUGCUCAGUGUAAUGGCAUAGAAAUUGGAGAAAGGUCAAGACUUGUUUCAUGUACACAACUGAGUUAACCAUGGAAGAAGAAGGAUCUUUCCUACACAUGACUGCUCCAACCUUUCACAGCAGUGUGGACUUCACUGUGCAUGACUGGCUGAAGAAGUUUAAUGCUACUUCCUUGAAACCUCCUGACUUCAGGGAAUAUUGGGCAUUGAAUGUACCCAAUAUUUAUAGUCCAAGAGCAGAUAUGAACUGCCUAAACAUUACCUUUGAUGAAGGUCUUGCGAAACAGGUUUUAUUUACACCUUUAGAACGAUUUAUAUGUGGUUGUAAUGAAACAGAAAAAGUUUUUGAAGAGAUAAAAAAAAUUGACAGUCUACCCAUGUUAUGUGGUCGUGUUUUCAAAUCAAGAGAACCUACAUAUUCUUGUAGAGACUGUGCUUUAGACCCUACUUGUGUGCUUUGCAUGGACUGUUUUAAAAACAGUGCUCACAAUACUCACCGCUACAAGAUGAGCAUGAGUGGAGGAGGAGGUUACUGUGAUUGUGGAGAUGAAGAAGCAUGGAAAGCACAUGCGUACUGUGAAGUGCACUUACAAGGAAAGAGAGAGAUGUCUUCUGAUUCAAGUCCUAUUGAGCGACUUCCUUUGGAUCUCAUUGAGCGAAUACGGAUUCUUAUGGGGUUUGUUUUAUCUUACUGUCAUGAGAUGUUGACCUGGGAACAGCCAAUUUCUCAACCUUCAGAUCUUUGUCCCUCAGGGUUUGACACGGCCAAUGAAGCUCACGAGACGUAUGCUACAAUGCUGUUUAAUGAUGAAAUACAUACAUAUGAUCAGGUUAUUCACACUUUAAAUCGAGCUAUUGAGUGUACUGAAAAGGAAGCCACAGACUAUGCGACGAUGAUUGAUAGAGAAGGAAGAAGUAUUGUUAAAUGUGGUAAUUUUCAGAGCUGUAACCAAGUUCGUAAUAUAAUUGAACGCACCAAUUCACGCUCGGGGAGAAAACCAUUACGGGUUGUGGUGAUGCACAGUUCUGUGAUAGCACACCAAAUCUUUGCUAUGAAGUUGUUAUCUUGGCUGAAACAGAUAUUGUCUUACAGUGAAGCUUUUCGUAUUAUCUUCAGCCAAGUAAUGAUGGAGUCACCAACACCAGGUUCUCCAUUAUUAGAAAGUAUAAUGUUAUCUGACACUCAGCUGUGGAAAGCUGCUCGUAAUCAGUGGCAUCAGCUUUUUAUUAGUGGAACACUGAUGGACCAACAGUGCAAGAAGACUUUUGCCAGGAUAUUUACCCAUAAUUACCCACUUUUGAUGAAAGAUUUUAUUGCUGAUGACCAUGAGCAUUCAGUGUCAAUUACUUCACUGUCUGUUCAGAUUUUCACUGUCCCUACACUUGCUCAUUAUUUGAUCAUGGAAGAAAAUGCUAUAUAUGUUCUACUUAGAACAUUUUUGACAGAAUGUGAAAGAAAUCGUAUAGAUGGGAAAUUGUCUUUUGAAAGAAGUCAAAACAUUGAAUUGUUUCGACGUUCCCAGUUUGUUCUUUUUGACCUUAGAUACUUGUUAACUGUUAAACCAAAUGAAUGGAAUACUUCACUAAGAAAGAAUUUCCUUCAUGGUAUUCAACAGUUACUUAAUUUCCUAAGCUGGAUGCAAGGUAUGGACUCUGUGGUAAGACAAGUAGGUCAACAUGUAGAAUUUGAAGCUGAAUGGGAAACUGGUGUUAACCUUCAGUCCAAGCUUGUUCCAGUAAUCACUUUGGUCCUAGAUUGGUGUGGAUCUGAUCGUGUUGUCUUAGUUAAAGCUCUUAGAGCUGCCCUAAAGCUUCUAGAGAGCAUUCAAGGCAAGAUGACUACCACUGUUCGAGAAGUUGCAGACCAUUCAUCUUCUUGUAUUGAAUAUGAUGUUUCUUCUAUGCCUGUUACUAUUCACUUGCCUCUGUCAAGGUUUGUGGCAGGUUUGAUUCUCCAUCUGCCAAAGUUUGAUCUAACUUACAGUUCACCAGAAUUUCUCAUACGCAACAAACCUGGUCCUGAGGAACUAAUGGAACUUCCUUUACGAACACAGGUUAUGAUAGCCCAGUUCAGAGCAGGAAUGUGGAGGAGAAAUGGAUAUUCAUUGUUGAAUCAAGUAUUUUUCUAUCAUAAUGUUCGACUUCGUGAUGAAAUGUUAGAUCGUGAUAUCAUGAUGCUUCAGAUAGCUGCUUCUCUGAUGGAAAGUAACAAGUUUCUUAUUCAUCUUCUUAACAAAUAUGGGCUAUUGAUAUGGAUUGGAGAUACUUUUGAUACCUCACAGCGCAGGACAGAGGAUGAGUAUACAAGACAAACUGCUACUAUUGCUGAAGAAUUUUUGGGUUUACUCAUUAUUAUCAUAUCUGAAAGGUACUACCCAGGUGUUGGAAAUGUUACUGAAAGAGACAGAGUUAAAAAGGAAAUAAUUCAGUUGCUUUGUAUUGAACCCAUGACGAAUAGCCAACUUUGUAAGAUGUUACCGAAAGACCCUAACCAUGAAACUGGAAUGGAAAAUGUUGUUAACGAAGUAGCAGACUUAAAAAAAACCACUGAUACUUCCACUGGUAAAUAUGAAUUGAAACCAGAAUUUUACUCUUGCUUCAAUCCAUUUUUUUAUCACUACACUCGGGAAGAGCAAUCCAAAGCUGAGGAAGUCCAGUUAAAAAGGAAGAAACAAACGGGAGAAGAAGAAUGUUGCCCUCCUCCAUUGCCUUCAGAAUUUUCUCUUCCAUUUUCAGUCAUCAUUAAUCUUCUACAGUGUGAUGUAAUGGCUCACAUAAUGCUUGUGGUAUUAAAGAGAACACUUAAUCUUCAUAGCACAUCAUAUUCAGAAGGUCAAUUUGAGAAAGUUUUACAUAUAAUAGGUUUAGCUUUGCAUGAAGAACAGCGACAGCAAGAACAAAAAGAGGAAGGAGGGUUCUUUCAGUUUACAAAAAUGGCAGAAAAAAAAGGCAUUCUGGCUGACUUAGAAAAAUGCCAAGGGUCUCCACGUGUAGAAGCACACAAGGAUCUGUUAAAUUGGACAUUACGAAAGUUUCGUUCAUUGCAGAGAAGUGAAGGAAAGGCUAUGGAGGUGGAUGUUGAAUUUCCUCCUGAAAAUACUGCUUCUACUAGUAGAAAACGAGAUAAGAAACAAAAUGCCCAGCAAGCUGCAGCUCGGCGAGCUCGAAUUAUGGCACAAAUGUCAGCCAUGCAGAAGAACUUCAUAAAACAACAUGCUCAGUUGCUCAAAGAGGUCGAUGCUGAAGAAUCAUCUAAUCAAACAGAAUCUGAUAUUUUUGUACUCGAGGAGAGCAGUGAUGAUCCUGUAGCCUUAGGAAACCUUCAGAGAGGAAAAGUAAUCUCUAGACAAACACAUACCUGUAUUCUGUGCAGAGAAGAACAGGAAGCCAGCUUGACUGGAAGAACUCUUGUAAUAGGUGCAUUUGUUCAGAGAUCUACAGUCUUAUCUAAGAACAGAAAUCAUAGAUUAGAGGAUCCUAAAGAAUUUAAUCCUCUCUUGAUAUCAGCUGAUUUAUUCUGUGGUCCACACACCAGCACAUGUGGCCAUGUUAUGCACAGUGAUUGUUGGCAAAAGUUUUUUGAAGCAGUAGUUGCAAAAGAAAGGAGGAGACCUGUUAGGUAUGGUCGUCAUGUGAGUUUCAACGUAGAUAAACAAGAGUUUUUGUGUCCUUUAUGUGAGUGUCUUUGCAAUACAGUAAUUCCACUGGUGCCUCCAAUCACUACUUUGAUUGUCAAUAACACAGAGAAACCAAACAACAUUAAAAUAGAUGAUUGGUUGUUUAGUCAUCGAAAAGCAGUGGAGAAGCUUCAGGUUCAGAGAUUUAGAGCUCUGCCGUCUAAUGAUGAUCAAGGAGAGAAAAUCCUUUAUAGAUAUAAACCAACUCCUCUUAAGGAGGUGAUGGCUUCUCUCUCAACCGAUAGUAGUGAACAGUUCCAUUCAUUGUAUGCAGUUUAUGCUCAACAGUGUGCAGCUGGUAACAACUUCCCAAACAGCCUGCUAGACAUGAUGAGAGUUUUUUCUCAAGCUACUUACAUGGUAGGACUUGAAGCUCAUCCUAAUCCAGAUGAUGAUAGAGUUCCUCUUAUGACUUGGUGGUCUUGUGCUUAUACAAUUCAUUCUAUAGAAUGGCUUUUGCGAGAUCAGAAAAAAUCCUUGUUUGGUGACCUGUCGUCUCGUCGAGCACAUUGCAUGCAGACUUUGGUGCGUGUUGUAGGAGCCAGUACCUCCAUCUUUGAUGCUCAGGUUGUGCGUAACCAUUGCGUGAGUCUUUUACAAUACCUUCUGUUGGCAGAAGAACAUUCCUGCAGUUCUAGCUGCUGCCUGGAAGUAGAUGCCUUCACUUUGCUGGUGUUUGUGUGUCUUUCCAUGCCUGUUCUUUUCACAGCAGAUGAUCAUGAAAGCAACAGUGGUUUGACAUUUCCUGUAGGUGGUGUGAAUGAGCUUUAUAUAUUGCACCUGGUGUUAGUGUUUCAUUUGGUGCAGAUAUUUCUUAGCAUUGAUUUUCCUUUUCUUGAAGAGGCUGAAACUAGUGAAGCUCAACACAAAGAGACAUCGGAAGAGGUAGCAGUUUGCCAUUUCUACAUUGAGGUCUUGACUGCAGCAGGAGUAGAAAACUGUAAAAAUCCUGUGAAUGCACAGAAGCUACUCAAAACUAUUCACCAGGCUAUGCUGCCCUUUCUCCGCUGCUCUGCACUUUUCUUUCAUUUUCUUACUGAUGUAGAAGCUCCUAAGACUCUGGCUGGUAUGCAUAGUGAAGAAUACCAGUUUCAAGCACUGUGCUGGUAUCUUGGUCUUUCAACUCGAUUAAAUGAAAUAUUACAAUCUCCUUCACUUCGACAGCUAGCCUUAUGCUGGGCUCGUCAUGCUCAAGUGUACAGUAUGGUUAACCAAGAAACCUUACAGAUGGAUGAAGAAGACGCUCCACCUCCUAGAUCGAUUGUUGUCAAGCAUCCCAUUUCAAUCAAUCAACUUGUGUGCCUGCCUUCUGAUUAUAGUGAACUAAUCAAUAAUGUUUCUGUGUUUACUUGUCCAAAUUCUGAUGGAGAAGAUAGCCGAUCUCCCACUAUGUGCCUCGUUUGUGGCCAGAUACUCUGUUCUCAAAGUUACUGCUGUCAGACAGAGUUAGAAGGGGCCAUGGUUGGAGCAUGUACUUUCCAUGUGCAAGUUUGUGGUGCUGGAGUUGGAAUCUUUCUAAGGAUUAGGGACUGUAAGAUACUUCUCCUUGUUGGUAAAACUAAAGGGUGCUACAUGCCCCCUCCAUAUGUAGAUGAAUAUGGUGAAACAGAUCAGGGACUGGUGCGUGGAAACCCUCUUCACUUGUGUAAAGAUAAGUAUAGAGAACUGCAUCGCCUGUGGCUUUCCCAUGGAAUACCAGAACAAGUGUCUCAUACUUUAGAACAGUUGCCUGCUCUCACCACAACCAACUGGUUCCUUCUUUAAUUACAGCUUAAAGUCUAAACCAGAACAGCCUUUCUUCUUUUGUACACUAUCAAGAGAGAAAGCAUUUCUGUUACCUCUCUCAUCAACAUGUCCUUACUACAAAAUUUUCCUGAGAUUUUUUGUUCUUGAUAAUAUGAAAGACAUAUUAUUAAGCAUGGAUAUCGAGAACAAUGAGAGGCAACAGCUUUAGGGUCAUUAUCUAAAAACAUAAAAAUAUAAAAAAGUGUUUUUACCAGAGACAAGCUGGAGAUACCAGCAAAUAUUUACACAGAAUUCACAAGUUAUGACUGUGAAAAUCCAUAGAAUUACUUUUUCUAUAGGUAUGGUAACGUGUUUUAACAAACAUAUUGUUUUUAUUUACCGUUUAUCAACACAUAAUCAGUAAGUUUUUACGAAAAAUGUUUGACAUUUAUUGCUUGUCUUGUAGAGCAACCACUGAAAAUAACAUCUUGAAGUUUGCAAUUCUGCUCUUUUGUCUAAUUGGUAUUUCUUGAUGAAACAACUCAUCAUCAAUACAUAGUGUAAACCAGAUAUGACAAUGAAAAAAGUACGUGGAUUGUUUUAUCUUCUCUUAUAGACUGUAUUAUAGUAAGUACCUGAUUUCUUUACUUGAGUCUUUUACAAUUUAUCAAACACUUUUAUUGCAAACAUUUUGUUUUAAUAUUCAGUGCAUUAAUAUAGGUUUAGGUAUAUGACCAUGAUAGCUUGUCUUUAGUCUUGAGUCAUUAAAACAUAUAAUUACAGGUGUACACUAAAUAUUGCAUCAUUGUUAGGUCUUUUUAAAAGUGACUAUCAGUAUAGUUUCAAGAGACUCAGUAUAGUUUCCACACAACAGAACACAUAAGUCAACAAGCUUUGGCUCUCAUCAUUUAUAACUGUAAGUGUAUCUUAAAAUGUGCUUCUUAACAGGUAUUUUAAUACUAACUUUAGGUACAAUUUCUGUAUCCCAUAACACAUACUUUUCUAACAGUUUUGCUUUAUCUCAUUUGGAAGUAUAGUUUCUGUGACACUAUAUAUAUAUAUAUAUGUGUGUGUCUACAAGCCCUUGGUCUUUUUUCGGUAAUUGUAAAUUCACUUCCCGUAUACAAUGACGUACAUUUCAGCAAGCUUUCAUACUUCCUCGUAGUGAUGAUAAUUUUUUUUUUUGCACAUCUUAAUAUUAUAUAUACUUGUAUAUUACCUUUGACUCUUCCCAUCUGUAUAUACAGUUUCUGCACACCAUAAUUUAUUAGUACACGCACUAUGCUUCAUAGCAUUUCACUAGUAAAGGAACAAGGUUAGAUAUGAGUUGUAUCUGUACAUUAUUCUUCAUACUUACAUGUCUGUAUUUCAGAUUCAAAAUGCUACAUACAUGAUCUGGUUUUAAAAAUAUCUGUAAUGGUGGGCCUCUCUGCCUUACAUAGUAUUUUAUCUAUUUUCCAUUUUAAAUUUAUAUAAACUUCACAUUAUAUUGUCUUGAAAACUGACAUUUUCUUGUUGUUUGAAUCCUGAUCACAAAUGUUUUUUUUUCCCUCUGUAAAUCUCCUUGACAGUUCAUACAUCCAUAUCAUUCUGUGAUGAAAAGGUCUGUAACAUUAAAAAGUAAAAAGUUCCUUUACCACAUGAUUUUCUCUAGGUGAAAGCAGAGUAAGUAUGAAGUGUUAUUUUUUGUUAAUUUUUUUCCUUCUUAUUUAACUGAGUUUUCUGAGCAUUUAAAUUUGGAUAUGUAAUAUGUGGUUUGCAGAGCUUCUUUUUUUAUUUGUAUGUAUGUUUGCAUAUAUGUUAUUAUCUACAAAAUAUUAUUUCAUAGUUUUUUUGUUUUAUUUUUUUGAAAAGCUAAGGUAGACAAUAUAAAUUUUACAGGGUUAAAGGAAAACUUGCAUGCUAAUAUCUUCGGUAAAACAUGUAUGUUAAAUUUGUCAAAUGGAUACAUAUAUGCAAAUGUAUUAAUUUUGUUAAAAGUUUUACAUACAUGCUGUUUCUUUUUGCAGUUCUAAAACUUCAAAGAAACUUAUGUAGCCUGUAAGAUAAUUUCAUGCAAUUGAGUCAGGUUUUUUAGUGUAAAGGAUAAGAAUAUAUUCUUGUACAUGUUGGUAAAAAUUGCAUUAAAAAUUAUUGUAAAAUUCUCAUUACUGCAUGUGUUCAAAAUAAAAUGGCUGUCGGAAGUUUGGACUGUUGUUAUACAGGGAGGGAAAAAGUUACUAUAUAUAUUUGGUAUUGUAUGGUUGGUACUAAAGAAAAUAUUACAAAGACAAUUGAAACCAAUUUAGUAAUUGUUUAUUUUAGAGUAAUAGUUAGAAAUUAAACUAUGCUCUAAACAAUAAUACUGUGUAGUCACUUUUGCCCCACCCUAUAUAACUGGAAAGUACUUCUACAUGUAAGGAAGGAAGGAACCUCAAUGAUGUUUUAUAUUAAGCAAAAUUCAUGUAUGUUAAACAGGAAAACCAUAUUCAAAGAUGUAAAAAUUUUAGGUAAUGUCUUGUUAAUUGUAAGACAUUACUAUUAUUUAACUUAAAUUAUUAUUCCUAAAACUGUCUUAUUGCAUAUGAAGUAUUAAGGAAAUAACUAUUGAAAGUUUGACCAACCAGACAGUUUUAUUGUGUUUUUUUAAUUUAGGUAAAAGUAAUAUGUUUUCUUCAAAAAUUUAAGUUUCUGAAUUUCUAAAGAUUUAUUUUUCUUAUUUGAUAAUGUAUGGGCAUCUCAUAUCUGGUUGUCAAAGUAGAGUGUAAUUUCUGUAAACAUGGAAGUCUCACUAGAAGCAUUUUGCAAAAGUUCAAAGAUCAUCAUUCUAGAAGUAUAGAAUAACAUAAAAGGCAAUGUUACAAUGUCUAGGUUGUUAUGUAAAAGUGUUUAGCGUGUAUACAUCCAGAAAAAAGAAAAACAUACCUUUUUUAUUUAAUUUCACUGUGGGCUGAAAAAAAUGUAUUUUGUAAUUGGAAUUGUAAAGAUUUGUAGAAAAUAAAUGGUAAUACUGUUAUUUUUCACAGCAAAGCUCAAGAAUUUCUAUUGAAUGGUUUAUGUGGUAAGUACACACUAAAGCUGAAUAAUGAAAACAGUAGGUGUACUUAUGUUUUACUAGUAUCAAACUAAUGUGUUACAGGAAUUAUUUCUCCAGUAUAACCUAUCAUUCGAAUGUCUUGUGUUUCCUAGUUAAUGUAUAGUGAUAAAAUUAGAAUUGCUUGUAACUAUGAUAUUUUAUAUAUUGCACAUGGGUCCUUGCAAUGCAUUGACUGACAUAUGACUUGUGUUGAUUAAUACUGACCUAAUACAGUGUAGAUUUAUCUGCAAUGUCUUGAUUAUCAAAUCUAUAAUUAUUAUUUUAUAUCAAAGGAAUUUUCAUUUUUGUUAUUACUUAGCGAUAUAGAGUUAUUAUACCUGAAAUCUUGUUUAUCAUAGAUAAAUGUGAAUAAUGAUGCAUUUUAUUCAGGCUGCUAAAAAAUAGGAAUAACAAAAUUUAAACUGGAUAAGGACAAUACUCGAUGACAGAAAAUUGACCUUAAUUGAAAUUGGACUGUGUAAAAACUGUAGUGGAGGUGGGGAAAAUGUAGUUUUUCGGUGUGUUUAUAUGUAGGUAUAACAAACAAAAUCUGUAGAAUUAAUAUGUAGAAAUCUUAUUUAAAGUUACUUUGCAUGGUAUUUGAAUAAAAUAUGUUGAAAACAUUUUGCACUUCUCUCUAUAAGUUUUAUGUGUGUUGCUCUUACAUCAAAAAUUUGCACUUACUCUGCAAGAAUGAUUACAAAGCAGUUGUAGCUGAAGUUGUGAGUGUUAAUGUGUGUUAAAGCUUGAAAAAUGUAUUCAUGCUGUAAAUAAAAUGAAAA